CCUACUCACCUACCUUGGUACUCACCUACUCACAUCUCACUUGCAGUGGCCUUUCCAUGGGUUGAUGUUUCAUCUUCCACCACAACACGCGCCUGCUUUUGUCUCCCAAUAUCACAGUUGAGCCACGGUAGGGGCCUCAAUCUCUGCUAUUGAAAUUCUGCCUGGCCGGUAAUUGGCCUCAUCAACCCUGCUUUGUCGUUGAACUACCUGUCCUGACACCACCCUUGUUUAUUUCACUCGCCUUUUGGUGCUUUGUGUUAAGCUUCAAUAUUAUCUUGUGUCUCUCUGCUGUCUGGUGCCGCACGAAUCGAUUCUGCACGCCUUUAAUCAUGGCCGUCCUCCCUAAUCAUCAUGAUCUCCAACAACGACUGCAAGACUAUCGAGCUUUCGACGACGCUAGACAGUCUGAAGUCGACUUUCUAGUCCAAACUUGCCUACGACUCGACACCGAGAGACUCACCUUGCAAAGUGAUUUGGACGAUGAGAGACACACCCGCCGCAGCUGGAAAAAGCGAGCCGAAGAAGCCGAAGCAGCAACCCAACGCAAAUUUGUCGUCGUUCUCGUCGAUGGUGACGGAUACCAGUUUCGAAAAUCCUUUUACAAUGCCCUCGCAACAUCCGGGGGCUCCAAGGCUGCCAGCGAACUAUACACGGAAGUGCUCAAUAAUCUCAAAAGUGCAGAUUCCUUCACAGGCAUUAAUGCCGACUGCGACGUGCUCGUCAAUAUCUACGCCAACAAAGCUGGCCUCGCAAGAACUCUAGUGGCUUGUGAUUACAUCAAUCUUCCAUCUCAGAUCGAUCAGUUCUUCUGUUCAUUCACACAGAGUCGGAGUCUGUUCCAAUUCAUCGAUUGCGGUCCAGGAAAGGAGAGGGUUGAUGCCAAAUUGCGCGACACCUUUCGAUUCUACGCACAUAAUGCCCAGUGUCAACGUAUCUAUCUAGCAUGCUCCCAUGAUAACGGCUAUAUUGCUGAACUCGACAAAUAUCGACAUGACAUGAUCGUAAUGCCCAAGGUUAUGUUGAUUCAUGCUGCGCAGACCCCAUCGGCUGCUAGAGCCUAUGCUGGCCUGCCGUUCAAGUACACGAGGUUUGAUAGCGUGUUCGAAGUUUCAGGCUUGGAAACGGUAUCGAAGGCUGACACUUCGUAUUUCACGCCGCCUCCUGACACACCUUAUUUCGACAGGUCACCAGCGGAACAACAUACCCACGAGCUAACACCAACUGCGAGCCGAUCUAGCCAAUCUUCAAACACUGGUCCAUCCGGACUGACACCUUUAGCACCACUGACCCUGAACACAAAGAGUGCAGCACAACUCACCUCGCCGCCGCCGCCGCCGCCACCACCUCCACCACCACCAGCAGAAGUAGCCAAAACUAAACCAGUUAUCACGAGCGAUCGAACUGGAGAGGGCAAAAGUGGGAUACCAAUCAAUCGUUUCGGACAGAGAAUCGACUGGAAGCUCCGUGUACCAACGACUGCCGAGAUGGAGGAAUUCGAACGUCGUAUCGUGCGCCGCAAACUUUGUAAUGAGCACCACCUGCGAGAUAAUUGCGAAUCCUACAAUUGCAAAUACGAUCACGGCCCGAUCGAUGCUGGCAUGAAGAAUACUCUUCGAUACAAAGCUAGAAGCAUUCCAUGUACUCAGGGGUCGAAAUGUCGUCGGCAGGAUUGUUUCUACGGACAUCAGUGUCCUUGGGGGAAUAACAAUUGUGGUAAUCUCAAAUGUUCGUUCAUCAAGACCGGACUGCAUGACAUCAAGGACUUGGAGAUUGCUCGGGUCGUGGCAGCGCAGCCAGGGGAUUGAGGAGCAUAGCAUACUGAGAGAGAUGCGAAAGGAGUGAAGGGAGUAUUGGUACAGAUUAUUCUACGUCGGCCGGUGUAGUCGCAAAGCCUUGAGUAAAGAGAUAGCCAAAGUCCCUAUCAAUACGGAGUAAGGAAAAG